AUGAAGACCUCCAAAUUUGCACCGAAGACGCCCGCAGAGAGGCUAGCGCAAUCAAAAGCCGAUAAGCUCAAGCAGGACAAAGAUCGAGUUACGCGACUGUUAGGACGCGUCCGGUGGAAAGCAGAAAUGCUCAUGGUGUCUUACUUUCGAACCAUGGAGAUUGUACAGGCAGCUGCUCAGCAAAAUGGGGAUCACCAGUCCCAGCAUGCAAUGGGUAGCGGCGCGUCGAGUAAGCAAGCCGAAUCCAUGUUCAAGGUAGACUUCUUCGAGUUUUACACGCUACUAGAGCGUUACAUCACAGACUGUCUCGCUAUAUUCGGCGUUUUUGUUUCUACCUCUGCGCCGCGCAUAAACUUCAAUGCCCUCCGUUACGAGACCAACCCCGAGCUUCACCGAACGCGACCGAUGGCUUCGCAUGCAUUCCACGCCAACCUUCUAGAAGCAUUGGAUGACGAUAAGUGUCCGUUGGCAGGAUCACUAGGUCUACAGGAGGUCCGUGUACAACUAGGCAUCGCAAAAGAAUACCGUAAUGCUUGGAAAGAUGCGGAUAGCAAGGCAAACGUAUCCGACAGCGACGAGCGCGCACAUAUAGCGCUACAAAACUUGCAGCUAGAAGACAUGUUGCGCAAUAUCAUUGGCGGAUGUGACCUUGCUCACGAAGCAGUGCAGCAGCAUUCCGACGAUACUACAAAUGGGCGUGCACUGACUAGCCAAGACUUUGAACCGAAGAAUAUGUACGGACAUAUGAGCAUGGAGAUUGAGGAUACACCAUUUGAAUACAUGGACGACGCGAUGGAGCUGGAUUGA